GGAGGAAGAGGAGGCAACUUUAGAAGAAUAGGCACAGCCUUUCUCCCAACAUCCUUAGCGGCAGGCGAAGGAAAAUGAAAACGGCCAUGUCGUGGUAGAGAUCAGUCCAGAAACGAGCGAGUGACGGUGUAAGUUAUUGAUUCAUGUAAUGUAGCUUUAAAACUACAGCUCUGAAAGAAACACAUCGGCCCACUCGUUUGACACAGAAAAGAGAUUUCGUGGAAGUAAGUGCGUUAUUAAAACCAGAGGACGAACAUGAGCGGAGGAGGAACGCCGUACAUUGGCAGCAAAAUUAGCCUAAUCUCCAAGGCCGGGAUUCGCUAUGAAGGAAUUUUGUACACCAUUGACACUGAAAACUCGACAGUAGCUCUUGCUAAAGUUCGCUCUUUUGGAACUGAGGACCGGCCCACUGACAGGCCUAUCCCACCUCGGGAGGAAGUGUUUGAGUAUAUCAUCUUCCGAGGAAGUGAUAUAAAAGACCUAACUGUUUGUGAGCCACCCCAAGCCACUAGCAGCCUGCCUCAGGACCCUGCCAUUGUCCAGUCAUCAAUUGGAACCACCAAUGCUGCUGCAGCACCAUCAUUCCAGUCGGCUGGGCCCUAUGCUCCAUUCAGCAGCAGGGCCCCUGCCCCACCUUACAGUCAGUUUGGUGUUACACCCCAUGCAGCUCAACAGUUUGGAUCUGCUGGAGCAGGAGGGCGCACUAGUCCCCAGCUGGAUGUUUUGACAAAAAAUCCUGCCCUGGAGCAGGCAGUGCAGGGCCCACCGUCAGCUGCCCCAGCACCACCUGCACCUGUAGGACAGAGGAGUCAGAUGGGGGCGGCAGCUCCCAGACCCACUGGCAGCCAGAAGCCCCCAGACCUCCUGGAGCAGAGAAAAGUUCCUGAGGUUCAGAAGGUGUCGCAGCCAGAUAAUGAACACGGUGCAGUUGAAAACCGGGAUCCUAACAAGCAUCAAGCUGCUGCUGCUGCUCAGUCCAACCGCCGCGGCCGUGGAAGAGGAAACCGCAGCAGAGGCAAAGUGAACGUGCGUAGGGAUGGCCCCAUGAAGUUCGAAGAAGACUUUGACUUUGAGACUGCCAACGCCCAGUUCCACAAAGAUGAGAUUGACAAAGAGCUCCAGAACAAGCUCAAGCUGAAAGAUGACAAGACUGAAAAGACGCUGAAUGGAGAAGAAGCUGCUGACUCUGAACAUCCAGCCACUGAGGGGGCCACUGAGGAGGAGGCUGUGAUAAACCCAUGUUACUAUGACAAGACCAAGUCCUUCUUUGAUAACCUGUCCUGUGAUGACUUAAGUAAAUCGGGCGAAAGAGGAUUUUCAAGGGAGCGAAGGUCAACCUGGGCAGAAGAGAGACGAAUGAAUUCUGAGACAUUCGGGAUCCCUCUGAGGCACAAUCGAGGAAGAGGGGGUUACCGUGGCCGAGGCUACAUGGGGCCCCGUGGAGGCAGAGGGCGACCCCUGAGCAGAGGCUCCUUUGGGCCGCCCCGCGGUGCUCCACCUGGAUUCAGAGGCGGAUUCAGAGGUGGCAGAGGAGGCCGGGAUUUCUCUGAUUUUGAAUACAGGGAUAACAAGGUGGCUGCAUAGUACUGCAGCGAUGGAUCCACAAAGAAUUGUAGCCCCUAAUCAUGAAAUGAAAAGAAAUUCUUUGUUCUCAACAUUUGACAGAAAGAAUGAAGACAUCCUCUCAGUCACCAGCACCAGGGUCGACUGCUUUACAUCAGGGGGUUAGAGUGCAGCUCCCUUUUCUCCACUUUGAGAAACAGGCUUUUUGUUUUUUGCCCCAGUCACCAGAUUGACAAGAACAUGUGUAAAUACAUUGCUUUGGAGUAAUUCUGUAUUUUUGCAUCAAUCAAGUUCAUUUCUUACUGAAGUUGUCUUUGAUAUUGAAAGCUGUACGCAGAAAGCCCACUGAUACUGUGAGUGGAUCACAGUUCAUGUGAUCGAUAGCUUUAUUUUUUAUUUUCUUUCAGUUUUUGAUAUUAUGAUGUUUGUUGGCACCAAAUUUCACUGCAUUGCCUGUUGCAUCAUAUUUUCCUCUGCUCGAACUUACUUAGGUUGGUUGCCAUGUGUUCAGUAUUUUACCCAGUUUGCAGGAAGUUUUGUUGUUUGUUUUUUUCAGACAUCCGUAAAUUUCUCAAUGAAGUAGUGACAUCAAAGCCAGCGGAAAGAAACAAAAUCUGAAUUGUAACAAACGAAUGUAUAUCCAGCUCAUCUUCGGCUUACUGCCCCCCAGCAAAUUGUGGCUCUCCAGACAGACUUUUAGUUUAGAUUUUUAAGAAAUGUGUAGUCAGUAUUUAGAAAUGCAUCAGACCUCCCAGAUCAGAUGAAUUGCUUCUGCUUUCCGUUUGUAGGUGAACUUCUGCAGGCCUGUUAAUGACAGCCUAACAAAGGCGAUCAGUAGGAACCAGUCAUAUGAUUGAUAUGUGGCGUUUACAGCAUUAGCUUUAGAAGUAUUUGUUGACUGUAGAUAAUUUUUUUUGGACGGGUCUGUUUUAUAUAG